CGGGACGUCAGUAAGAAACAAUAUUGCUACUAGUUGAUAGAUACAAUUCAAAAAAAAAAAUGAAAUUGUUUAUUUGUGGAGUGGUGUUAAGUGUUCUGGUAGCACUGGGUAGUGCUGAGGAUCCACAACUGCAGGAGAUAGAGGUGCUGCAGGUGCAAGAUGGAGCUGCUGUGGAACGUGCCAAGCGCCAGACAUUAUUAGGAGCUCUUCUGGGAGGCGGUCUUGGCUCGCCUGGAUUCGGAGGCCCUGUAGGACAUGGUGGUUUUGGAGGACAAAGUGGUCAUGCAGGAGGUUUUGGAGGACCUGGAGGUCAUGGAGGCCACAGUGGACAUGGAUUCGAGCAAGGUCACGGUCAUGGAAGCCACGGUGGACAUGGAUUCGAGCAAGGUCACGGUCAUGGUACUCAUGGAGGACACGGAAGCCAUGGAUUUGAACAAGGUCAUGGCCAUGGUAACAAUUAUGGCCAUGGUGGAAAUCACGGCGGUCAUGGCGGAAACUACGGUCAUGGUGGAAAUCAUGGAAGCCAUGGUGGAAACUAUGGUCAUGGUGGAAGUCAUGGAAGUCAUGGUGGAAACUACGGUCAUGGCCACGGAAGUCAUGGUGGAAAUUAUGGUCACGGUCAAGGUCACGGUAAUCACGGUGGUGGCCACGGUAACUAUGGACAUGGUGGGCAUGGUGGACAUUACGAGCAUGGACAUCAUUGAAUAAGUACCUUAAACUGUGAUACGUUGGAGAAUAAUAUGUUUAGUAAUUUAUUCAAAUAAACUAGCUACUUACCUAAAA